AUGGCCUCGGCCCUGAGCCCGCCUCGGGCCCCCAAGCCCAAGGGCAUCGUGCCUUUGCACUACUAUGAGAACUUUCUGGAGAAGAAGGGGCCCCGAGACCGGGAUUACAGGAAGUUCUGGGCAGGCCUCCAGGGUUUAACUCUUUAUUUCUACAAUAGCAAUCGGGACUUCCAGCACGUGGACAAGGUAGACCUGGGAGGAUUUGUGAAGCUCACAGAUGAGGCUCCCCGGAGGAACUUGCAUGACCCUGGAAUCCACUUCAGCUUGGUCCUCUGGAACCAGGAGAUCAAGUUCAAGGUGGAUAGCCUGGAGUCUAGGGAGAUUUGGAAAGGCUUCAUCUUGACUGUGGUGGAGCUCCGUGUCCCAUCCAACCUGACCCUGCUGCCCGGACACCUGUACAUGAUGGCGGAGGCCCGGGACAAAGAGGAGGCGCGCCGAGCUCUCGAGAAGCCCUCGUGCUUCUUGAAGGCGAGCCGACUGGAGGCGCAGCUACUCCUGGAGCGCUACCCAGAGUGCGGGAACCUGUUGCUGCGGCCCAGCGGGGGCGGCGCCGGCGGCGUGUCGGUCACUACCCGCCAGAUGCUCAACGGCUCGCCGGUGAUCCGGCAUUACAGGGUGAAGCACGAGGGGCCCACGUACGUGAUCGACGUGGAGGAGCCGUUCUCCUGCCUGUCACUGGACGCCGUGGUCAGCUAUUUCGUGACGCACACCAAUAAGGAGCUGGUGCCCUUCCUGCUGGACGAGGACUACGAGAAGGUGCUAGGAUACGUGGAGGCGGAUAAAGAGAACGGCGAGAGUGUGUGGGUGGCGCCCUCGGCCCCCACAGCCCCCGGCCCAGGUCCCGUGCCCCCUGCAGGCGGCCCCAAGCAGCCACCGCCUACAUCCACACCUGUGUCCACUCAGGACAAGCUGCCUCCCCUGCCCCCGCUGCCUCCACCACCUGACCAGGACGAGAACUAUGUGAUCCCCAUUGGAGAUGUCCCAGCUGCCAAUUAUGUGAAUGACAAAGUGCUACCCCCUAGUCGGCAGGUCGCCCUGAAGCUCAAGAAGCUGCCAAAGGCUCAAGCAAAGGCCCCAAAGCCACCCGUCAAGCCAAAGCCAGAACACAAAGUCGUCAACAGUGGCCUGCUGGCCAGGAAGCUGGCAGCCAGCACAGCCCAGCCUAUCUUCCCCACAACAGGGCUGGCUGAUGUGACGGCAGAGCUGGAAGAGAAACUGCAGAAGAGGCGGGCGCUGGAGCAUUGAGGUUGGACAUGUGGGGGGACCGACAAGCCAAUCUCGGGCACAGCACCUCCCAGGAUUAAAACCUGU